AUUAGAAACAAGUUCUUGCAACUUGAGAGUUCUUCUCCUUAUAAAAAAUAGAAUAGUACACAAUUGUCAUUAAUAUACAGUAAAUAGUUAAUACAAUAAUGGUACAUAUAGGUAUAUUCUAUAAGUAGUAGUACAAUAUAGCAUUAAUUGAAUCUUUUGGUUUCUUGAAUGUACGUCUGAACAUUUGAAAAAAUAAAUUUAUUUAGUUCAAUAGAUAAAACAUUAUCACCCCAAAGUAGUACCACUAGCAAAAUAAAAACUUCCGAUUGCGGCUCGGUAUUGUUCUACUGAGUUACCCAUUAUCAAAAAUGAAACAUGUCAUAUACACAACUUUUCCCCGCAAUUACGUCACAGUUGCUGAGCGCAGACAUUAUCGGUCACGUGACGCAUCCGCCAUUACAACCGUGAAACCAUGAGCGUCCUGAGAGAUGUACACAGGUGGAAGUGGAGAAUCGUGUGCGGUUUUUAACUGCACUAAUAACAGAAAGAAACUGUAUUUAUGGAAGCAGUCUAUAUGCCGAGAACAUGGUGAUAUUCCUCACAAAGAUUGCCCCUGCGUCGUGCCAUACAGCCUACACACGUUGCCGAAAACUGAAAUGGCAGCGGGCAUUACAUCGACACGAUUUGCCAAAGAAUGUGUUGGUGUGUUCAACGCAUUUUGUUGACGGGCGACCAACAGCACGAAACCCAACACCCAGUCUGAAUUUAGGUUAUAAAGCUCCCGUCAAAGUUGGUCGUCGACUUCUGAAGAGAAAGUUUGUUGCACAGAAAUUAGAGAUGGUGGGAACAGAUGGGAGUGAACAUGAAAAGCAACAAAAGGUGGUUGCUGCUGCAGAUGAUGUUGAAACUCUCAACAUUAUUCAAACUGAACCAACGAUGACAUCUUUUUCAACGCAGACGAGCAUAACAGAAAGCAGAUCUGCAGGCACACAGUGGAUAGAUCCCACACUACAUGAGCAUGAAUAUGCUAGGCCGUGCAUUUCAGGAGCCAGGGAUACAGGAACACAGACGAGACCCAGUGAGACCGAGGACAAAGGAGUAAACUGUAGCACUCUGCAUAUACCCCUCACCACUGCUGACAUAUCAUCUGACUCCUUAGCUUUGUUAUACACAGGACUGCCUUUAAACACUUUCAGAACAUUUGUGAGUGUAAUGCAAAAUAUGGACGACUCAUUGAAGUUUACCAUGCCCGUUUCAGAACAAGUUUUGUUGGUGCUAAUGAAAUUAAGGUUUAAUCUACUGUUUGCAGAUCUUGCCAAUAGAUUUGGAAUAUCCGAGUCUUAUGCGUGCACCAUUUUCAAUCAAAGACUCUCUUUUAUGGCUUCAAAACUGAAAAACUUAAUUGUUUGGCUUCCACGUGAAACAAUUAGAGCCACCAUGCCAAAAUCUUUUUGUGAGAACUAUCCGAAAACCACAGUCAUAAUUGAUUGCGCUGAAACUUUCAUCCAACGAGCAAAAAACUUGAAGACAAGAGGAGAAACAUACAGCCACUGCAAGUCCAACAACACAGGAAAGUAUUUGGUUGGUAUUGCACCACAUGGACAGAUUAUGUUUAUAUCUAAAGGCUUUGGAGGAAGAUCUAGUGAUAAUGCAAUUGUGGAAGAGUCUGGCAUUUUCAAUUACCUUCUUCCUGGGGAUGAAAUUAUGACGGAUCGAGGUUUUACCAUUGAUGACUUACUCUUUCCCUUGAAAGUGAAACUUAAUAUUCCAGCUUUUACGAAAGGUAAAGAAGAGGAUGUAACAGAGACGAGACGAAUUGCCACUGUACGGAUUCAUGUGGAACGGGCUAUUAGACGUUUAAAAGUGAUCCGCAUGCUUAGUCAGGUAGUUCCCGUUACCUCUGUUAAGAAACUCAGUGACUACUUGAUUGUUUGUGCUGCAUUGGUUAAUCUGAGAUCUGACCUUAUCAAAGAUAAAGAUGAUAACUGAUGGUUAUGCUAAAAUUUUAAACUCUAGUCAGCUCCACUAAUGUUAAUGAUGCAUGCAUUAACAGAUUGUAAUAAGAUAUUAUGUAGAAGUUCAUAAACUCUAGUCAGCUUCACUAAUGUUAAUGAUGCAUGCAUUAACAUAUUGUAAUAUGAUAUUAUGUACAAGUUCAUAAUGUUAUAUUUUUUCACAGCCUUGAAAUGUCUUAAAUGCCAAUGUAUUUUGGACAUAUAUUUGAUUAAUCUUUGUAAAUUACAACCAUAUUUGGAAAUUCAGUAUCAUUGAUAUGAUAUACUGUACAUUAUAUAGUAAUACUAGCUCUAAGUUUUUGGUGUAGAAUUUUUUUGUUGCAAAAUUGCAUAGGCUUUUAAUGAAGUAAAAUUACAUUAUUGUCUUCCCGAACAAAAAUUGAUUUCUAUAUAUAAUGCUCUAUCAUAAUAGCACAUAUUUACAACAAAAUAAAACUUUCAGAUUGAGAGCUAUCAUAACUUUAAAGUGAAUGUCAUAUUUAUUAUCAAGAUAUUUGUGUAUGAUUAAAGUUAAUACUGUAAA